CCUUUUAUUUUUUUUGCCUUGUACCAAGCUCCUUAGCCUCAUUGGGGUGGAGGAGGAGAGAAGAAACCAGCUUAGCAGCGGCAGCACCGUCGCCACCACCAAAUAAUGCAGUAAGAACCGCGCCGGGGCUGAUGAGAUUAAAAGUAGCCCCCCCUCCCCGCGGAACCCACUCCCCCUUCCCCGCGACUAGCCGCGGACCCCCGGGAAUGGACUGCUGAAUUAUGAAGUAUUCUAGAGCCAAUAGCAUAGUAUUGCUGCGCUACUCAAUACUUUAUCUCCUGCUAGUUAUUUAAAUUGGACUUUUAAUAUCCUCCCAGCUGCUCUUGAGACACACAUGGUGCAUUGUUGCCAUUCCCCAGAUUGCAUCUUUGAAACCAAGGCUUCAGUAACCUUUGUCAAACAAAGAGGCAGCCUCCAGGAAGCCUUCCUAGUGGGGGAUUCAGCCUGACUGCCCUCUAGCUUCUCUGGCUUGGGCUGUAUUUGAAUUCCACCAUGGAGUACCGAAUGGAGUCUUGCUUGGCACAGGUGUUGCAGAAAGAUGUGGGGAAACGACUACAAGUGGGCCAAGAACUAAUAGACUAUUUCUCAGACAAGCAGAAGUCUGCCGAUCUUGAACAUGAUCAGACCAUGUUAGAUAAGCUUGUGGAUGGACUUGCCACUUCUUGGGUGAACUCUAGUAAUUAUAAGGUCGCGCUUCUGGGGAUGGACAUCUUGUCGGCCCUGGUGUCUCGGCUGCAGGAUCGGUUUAAAGCACAAAUCGGCACAGUGCUACCCAGUCUAAUUGACAGGUUGGGCGAUGCUAAAGAUUCGGUGAGAGAGCAAGACCAGACUCUGCUGCUGAAGAUGAUGGAACAAGCUGCCAACCCUCAGUAUGUGUGGGACAGAAUGUUAGGAGGUUUCAAACACAAGAAUUUCCGCACCAGGGAAGGUGUUUGUCUCUGCCUUAUUGCAACACUGAAUGCCUCUGGAGCCCAUACUUUAACGCUAAGUAAGAUUGUGCCACAUAUAUGUAAUUUGCUUGGAGAUCCAAAUGGCCAGGUUCGAGACUCAGCAAUAAACAGCUUAGUGGAAAUUUACAGACAUGUAGGAGAACGUGUGAGGGCAGAUCUCAGUAAAAAAGGAUUGCCACAGUCUCGGCUAAAUGUAAUUUUUACAAAAUUUGAUGACGUCCAAAGAUCUGGUAACAUGAUACAGUCUGCAAGUGAUAAGAAUUUUGAUGAUGAAGACUCUGUGGAUGGGAACAGGCCUCCUUCAGCCAGCUCUUCUACAUCUUCAAAGGCCCCCCCAAGCUCACGAAGAAACAUUGCAAUGGGAACCACUCGCCGCAUUGGACCGGUUGCCGUAGGAUCUAAGUCUUCUGCUGCAAAAGAAGGAGCUGGUGCUGUUGAUGAAGAGGACUUUAUUAAAGCAUUUGAUGAUGUACCAGUAGUACAGAUUUAUUCUAGUCGAGAUCUUGAAGAAUCCAUAAAUAAAAUUAGAGAAAUCCUAUCUGAUGACAAACAUGACUGGGAACAGAGAGUAACAGCUCUGAAAAAGAUUCGAUCAUUACUUUUGGCUGGAGCUGCUGAAUAUGAUAAUUUCUUUCAACAUUUGCGUCUUUUGGAUGGAGCAUUUAAAUUAUCUGCUAAAGACCUUCGGUCUCAAGUUGUACGAGAAGCUUGUAUCACGCUGGGGCAUCUGUCGUCAGUCCUUGGAAACAAGUUUGAUCAUGGAGCUGAAGCCAUCAUGCCAACCAUCUUUAAUUUAAUCCCAAACAGUGCCAAAAUCAUGGCCACAUCUGGUGUUGUAGCUGUUAGAUUAAUUAUUCGACAUACACACAUCCCUAGGCUAAUACCUGUUAUAACUAGCAACUGUACAUCCAAAUCUGUCGCAGUUAGAAGGCGCUGUUUUGAAUUUUUAGAUUUGCUUUUGCAAGAAUGGCAAACGCAUUCACUAGAAAGACAUAUAUCAGUAUUAGCAGAAACAAUAAAGAAAGGAAUACAUGAUGCUGAUUCUGAAGCAAGGAUAGAAGCAAGAAAAUGUUAUUGGGGUUUCCACAAUCACUUCAGUAGAGAAGCAGAACAUUUAUACCAUACAUUAGAGUCGUCUUAUCAGAAAGCUCUGCAGUCACAUCUAAAGAACUCGGACAGCAUCGUGUCUUUGCCUCAAUCGGAUCGUUCCUCUUCUAGUUCUCAAGAGAGCCUAAACCGUCCACUGUCUGCCAAAAGAAGCCCAACUGGAAGUUCCACAUCUCGAGCUUCUACAGUUAGUACCAAAUCUGUUUCAACAACUGGAUCCCUGCAGCGGUCUCGCAGUGACAUUGAUGUGAAUGCAGCAGCCAGUGCCAAAUCAAAAGUCUCAGCAGCUGGCUCCACCCCUUUCAGUUCAGCAGCUGCCUUGCCUCCAGGAUCAUAUGCAUCAUUAGAGUCCAGACACAUCAGGGAGGACUUGGAGUACAUAGGCCUUGAACCAGAUGGUACUACCACUAAAUCUGAGGGCCGGAUACGCACGCGACGACAGAGCUCCGGGAGUGCGGUCAGUGUCACCACCACCCCUGAUAACCGUGGCCGCAGCAGAGCUAAAGUGGUUUCACAGUCCCAGCGAUCCAGAUCUGCUAAUCCUGCUGGUGCUGGCAGCCGAUCAAGCUCCCCAGGAAAACUGUUGGGAACUUAUGGUGGACUCACAGGAGGAUCUGCCAGGGGUACCCCUGUGCCCUCAUCCUCAGAUAAACGGAGCAAGAUCCCGAGGAGUCAGGGAUGUAGUCGAGAAACAAGUCCUAGCCGCUUGGGGGGACAAGCACGGAGCAGCCGUAUCCCUCGACCCAGCAUGAGUCAGGGGUGCAGCCGCGAUACCAGCCGUGAGAGCAGCCGAGAUACAAGCCCUGCUCGGGGCUUCCCUCCACUGGCCUCUCGACGUCAUUCCAGGUCCACUAGUGCUCUCUCCACUGCUGAAUCUGUUGGGCAGUCAGAUCGGUUUGGGCUUGGGCAACCGGGAAGGAUACCUGGUUCUGUCAAUGCUAUGCGAGUUCUAAGUACAAGCACAGAUCUGGAAGCAGCUGUAGCUGAUGCCCUGCUAUUAGGAGACUCCAGGAGCAAGAAAAAGCCAGUGAGGAGAAGAUAUGAACCAUAUGGGAUGUAUUCUGAUGAUGAUGCUAACAGUGAUGCGUCAAGUGUUUGUUCUGAGCGUUCUUAUGGCUCCAGAAAUGGUGGGAUUCCUCACUACCUACGACAAACAGAAGAUGUAGCAGAGGUUCUAAACCACUGUGCUAGUUCAAACUGGUCUGAAAGAAAAGAAGGACUUCUUGGACUGCAGAACUUACUGAAGAGCCAAAGAACACUAAGUCGAGUUGAAUUAAAAAGACUAUGUGAGAUCUUCACUCGAAUGUUUGCUGACCCUCAUAGCAAGAGAGUUUUCAGUAUGUUCCUAGAGACUCUAGUGGACUUUAUAAUAAUCCAUAAAGAUGAUUUGCAAGACUGGCUUUUUGUUCUUCUGACACAAUUACUUAAGAAAAUGGGAGCAGAUUUACUUGGAUCUGUACAAGCAAAGGUGCAGAAGGCUCUAGAUGUAACAAGGGAUUCUUUUCCAUUUGAUCAGCAGUUUAACAUUUUGAUGAGAUUCAUUGUGGAUCAGACACAAACACCAAACCUUAAGGUCAAGGUUGCAAUUCUGAAAUACAUUGAGUCUUUGGCCAGGCAGAUGGAUCCAACAGACUUUGUAAACUCUAGUGAGACAAGACUUGCUGUUUCAAGAAUUAUAACCUGGACAACAGAACCAAAGAGUUCAGAUGUGAGAAAGCCUCAGCUACAGCAUAGUCGGGUAGGUGAGGAUUUCCCAGCUAGGUCAGCUUCAACCUCUGGGCCUGGAGAAGGAAACUUGGAAGAAAAAUGUAAACAGGCAGCACAAAUUGUUCUGAUUUCUCUGUUUGAACUGAACACUCCAGAGUUUACAAUGUUACUUGGUGCCUUGCCAAAAACAUUCCAGGAUGGUGCCACCAAACUCCUACACAACCACCUGAAGAAUUCCAGUAACACAAGUGUGGGCUCUCCAAGCAAUACCAUUGGUCGAACUCCUUCAAGACACACCAGUAGCAGGACCAGUCCCUUGACUUCACCUACCAAUUGUUCCCAUGGUGGUCUGUCGCCAAGUCGGUUCUGGGGUUGGAGUGCCGAUGGGCUGUCGAAGCACCCACCUCCCCUUUCUCAGCCUAACUCCAUCCCCACAGCUCCUUCCCACAAGACUUUCAGGCGCUCUUACUCUCCCAGCAUGCUCGACUAUGACACAGAGAAUUUGAACUCAGAUGAGAUCUACAGUUCUCUGCGGGGAGUAACAGAAGCCAUAGAAAAGUUUAGUUUCCGGAGCCAGGAGGAUCUGAAUGAGCCUAUUAAGCGGGAUGGCAAAAAAGACUGUGAUAUUGUUUCACGAGAUGGUGGGAUAGCUUCGCCUGCCACUGAUCUGCGAGGAGGAAGUGAUGUGGUAGAAGGAGGAAGGACAGCUCUUGAUAACAAAACCUCACUCCUCAACACCCAGCCUCCACGAGCCUUCACAGGGCCCCGAGCUCGAGAUUACAGUCCCUAUCCUUACUCGGAUACAAUCAACACCUAUGACAAGACAGCUCUGAAAGAAGCUGUAUUUGAUGAUGACAUGGAUCAACUUCGUGAUGUACCCAUUGACCAUUCUGAUUUGGUAGCUGAUCUCCUGAAAGAAUUAUCAAAUCACAAUGAGCGGGUGGAAGAAAGGAAAGGAGCCUUAUUAGAAUUACUCAAGAUCACUCGAGAGGAUAACCUAGGAGUUUGGGAAGAACACUUCAAAACAAUUUUGCUCUUGCUGCUGGAAACACUUGGAGAUAAAGAUCAUUCGAUACGGGCAUUGGCAUUGCGAGUGUUACGGGAAAUUCUGAGAAACCAACCAGCAAGAUUUAAAAACUAUGCUGAACUGACAAUCAUGAAAACACUGGAGGCACAUAAAGAUUCCCACAAAGAGGUUGUGAGAGCUGCAGAGGAAGCUGCUUCAACAUUGGCCAGUUCUAUACACCCUGAGCAGUGUAUCAAAGUGCUUUGCCCAAUCAUCCAGACUGCUGACUACCCCAUCAAUCUAGCUGCCAUUAAGAUGCAGACCAAAGUUAUCGAGAGGAUUUCCAAGGAGUCCUUGCACCAGCUUCUCCCUGACAUCAUCCCAGGCUUGCUACAGGGCUAUGACAACACUGAAAGUAGUGUUCGUAAGGCCAGUGUGUUUUGCUUAGUGGCAAUUUAUUCCGUAAUUGGAGAAGAACUGAAGCCUCACCUUGCACAGCUCACAGGGAGCAAGAUGAAGCUAUUAAAUUUGUAUAUAAAGAGGGCCCAAACCACCAACAGCAACAGCAGUUCAUCUUCAGAUGUUUCGACGCACAGUUAAUGGAAAUAUCUGGACCUGUUUGUGUAGACUUAGAAGCAGUCAGUGGUGCCUCUCUGAGAUCUUUCUUCUCCCAUUUUCUUCAUUGGCACGCCCAAUCAGUACAAGGAGGCCACACAGAUAUUUAUUGCAAUCAGUAUUUUGGUCCUUUCAAGCUUUUGUGUAGAAUCUUUUUGGUAUUGAAUGUAAAGGAAGCAAGGCCUGGGUUGCAGUCUUCAUACAAAAAAAAGAAAAGAAAAAAGAAAAAAAAACAGCCAUAACAUGUUUGUGCAGCCUGCUGAAAUCUUUAAAAGGGGGUUUAGGUCACAGUGUUAUAAAAAUGAGCCCCUCUAGCAGUUUGUUGGUUUUAACUAAAGUGAUUAAUUUGUUUUAAGUUAAGUUGAUACAGAUUUGGGGUUUUAGGAUCGUGUCAGUUUCCUCAUAAUAUUUUGUUUCAUUAUGGGUGUGACCCUUGCUGGAUUCUUCGCCUUUCACAGAGGAAACAAUGAAAGUGGUAUGUGUAUUUAAGUUGUUGUUUGAAACCUACCGAAAUGUGAAUUAUGUCUUAGAAAACAUUUAAAAUGAAAAAUAGCCUUUUACCAUGUUCCUACUAAAUGCCCCCAAAGGUUUUCAUUUUCAGUGUUUGAGUUGUAUGUAAAGUGCCCUAGCUUUUUAGUAUAGAUUCUGAAAACUGAUGACCCUUUAGUAUUGACUUUUGAUUGAGGCUCACUUCCUUUAAUAACGUGAUAUCUGUUCCAGGGUUUAAAACUUCUUGACAGCUAAUUUAAAGUUCAGUUGAAUCUGAUCAUUUAGUGAGAUUCCACUUACCAGGACUGUAGGAGAGAUCUUGCUCUAGGGAUCUUUUUGGAAACAUAAUUUAAAUACCACCCAUGGGAUAAAUCUAGAGACCUUAAGUUUAGGGCUGUAUUCCAAGAAUUACAAUUAUUGUCCUCUAGUGGCCCAUUGAUAUUUGAUAGUUUAUUCUUGGUUUUAGUUUAACCCUGAAGUUUCAAGGUAAAAAUUUUCUCAAUUCAUUGAGUAAUGACAGAUAUGGAGUUCCAGAAUUUGAUUUUUUUUUAGGUAUGAUCAGAGACUAUAGGGGUAGACCCAAUAGAUCAUGACUCAAGAGUCAUUUCUCAUUCUAUAAACCAAAAUUAUUCGUUGCCAGUUUGUUGAAAUAAAAUCUCAGUUCACUGACAAAGAAAAUUUCGUGUCUGUUACAGUAGGCAGUAGUGAGAAGAGGGAAUCCUAAAAUUUGACUCCAAGUAAAUGGUGAAUAAAUUAAUCUUACAGGAUAUAAAACUUCAUAGCUCUCCCUGUUAGUCCUCUCCACAGCUUACCUGACAGGCGUAGAAUUCAGAGCCAUAGAAUGAAAGGUAGGAGGAAAAUACAUAACUUUUUUCCUUAUUUCUAAAAUUAUUUUAGAUAUUUUAUAAAAACAUAUAGUAUGCACUGAGAAUGAAUGCACUGUAAUGUCCAUAAACUAAUGUAGCAAGUGUUCUUACACUACAGGAUGGACUUUUAAGGUGUAAUUUAAAUAUGUAGGAAAUACAUAGCUGCUCCUGUUAGAAUUCAGUGGUGGGAAAUAUUCCUCCUGAUACAUCAACACUUGUCAUUUGGUUGGAAUACGAAUUUAUUUUAGGAAAGAGCACAAGAGGAAAACCAUAAUUUUCUCAGAAAGAUUUUUGCAAUCAUAUUUAAACUUUAAAAUGUUAAUUCUUAUCCUUUGGCAAUAUCUGUCCACUCUAAAGCAUGUUUAGUGAAAAUAAGUGAUGAUGGCUGUCUUAAAUGAGUUAAAUUUUAUCUUAUGUCUAAAAAAAUUUCAGUGGCAGACAAGUGUGAUUGAAUGUAGUUGGCAUAUUUGGGGCUGCAAAAUAUAGGACCAGGCCUUACUUUCUUGAUCAGAUAAUAUUUUGUUUGUUGACAGAUAUUCAUUGAUGUGGUUUUUCUUUCACUACACAAGUCAGUCAAAAAUUCUUUAUUCUCUGCUGUAGAAAUGUGUUGCACCAUAGAAGAAACAUUCUGGUUAGAUUAUUUAUCAGUUCAUUUAAAUAUAAUGUAUAUAGUAAGUUUCCCUCUCCCUCCCUUCCCUUAUUCCCCUAAAGAGUCCUACAUCCCCUAUGUCAUUUAGUUGGGAAGUAUCUUGAAUGUUGCCCAGUUUCCUUGUAGUACUCAAAGGGCUAGCCAUGAACACCACUUGCAUAACCUUCAGUCUCUUAACUUACCAAAAGAGAGAGAAUAUACAAUCACUUGUCAGCAUACAUCAAAGUCUCUUGGCUUACAGAUCUGGAAACUCUGAUAUACAUCAAGGAGAGCAAAUCUGCAUGCAGUCUAUCACAUCAUUCUGAAGGUGAGAGCAGAGCCUGGCUGCCCCAGCCAAAUCUCAGCAACUGUACCUGCCUUUCCUUGCCUCUCCUGUCCUUUGGGGCUCUUGCUAAUUACAAAAAAAAAAAAAAAGAAAGAAAGAAAGAAAGAAAGAACAAAAAAAAGAAAGGAAAGGAAUUCAACAGAAACUUUGCCUCCCCAGCUUACCAACUCUGAAUUUUCAGUGCCCUGAAAAAGCCCAUCACCCUCUGGACCUCGGGGUUGCUAUCCAUUGUGCUAUUGACAUCACCACUAAGCUAGGGCAUGGGCAAAUCACUUGAUCCAUACUCCCCCCACCCCAGGUUUUAAGUACUGUAGUUCUCAUGUAGUACAGAAGUAUUGAGGCAUGUGGCUUUCUCAAAGUACACCAUGUGUGCUUGGCUGGACGAUAAAUGACAACAAUACAAGACUGUCUUUUCUAUUGCUUAUUAUUAGCUUCUCGAUAACCUGUAUAAGUAAUGCAACUUGCAUCUUUGUCAUAUAAAACUUCUUUUCCUUUCCCCAAUACCCUUUAUUUAUCAAGCAUAAUAUUACAUAUUAAAGGACAGCAAAAAGAACGUUGUAGAAUUACAGCUGGACUUUGCUAACAAUAAUGUUUGGAAAUAAAAAGGAAAAGCUAUGAAAAAUGUCAGCCAGCAGAAUGGUUUUGUUUCCAGUGUGUUCGCACGCAUGGUUCCCCACACAAACAUACACACAGGCACAAAGACAUACAUACACACACACACACACACACACACACACACACACACACACACACACACACACAUUUUUUUUGUUUUUGUCAUGUUACAUCCAUAUGUGUAUUUAUAUCUUAAUAUUUGUUUCACUUUUAAGUGUAUCAUGGCAAAUGUACAGAUGUUUUUGUUAACAUUAACGUGAUAGGAUUUGCUAAAAAACAAAAGACAAAAAAACCCUUUUGAGUUUGCCCUAGAAUAAAUAAAGCUUACAUUUAAUUUCU